CAAGCCCCGCCCCUACGUGGGGACGUAUUGUUGUUCUCCGGAAUAAAGAUGGCGACCUGGCCCGCGUAAUUUGGAGACUCCAAUGAGAUUCAACCUUUUUAAUCAGUAACUAUAUUAAGUAGCAAUGGCUUUUGAAGAGAUUAACAACAAAGGAGAAAUGGACAUUGGGAUGGAUGGAGAGAGGGGUCUCGUCGCUGGCCGUAGCCAGAGAGAGAAGAGAAGGUCAUACAAAGAUCUUCUGCGAGAAGAGGAGGAGAUUGCCGCUCAGGUUCGCAAGUCUUCCAAAAAACGGCCAAAGGAUUCAGAGCUAUUCAUGCUGGGCGGUGACCCCCACAAAAAGAAGAAGAAAUAUGAUGACCACUAUUACAGAGAGCAUGAAGGCUCAGGCCACGCCAGCCACAAAAAGAAGCACAAAUCUGUAGACCGCUCGCCAACACUCUCCUCCCCUUCGUCGCACCCAGCAGAUACAGCAAUGGGUCUUCUGCAAGCUAUCACCUCUCCUUUGGCAACAGGAUCUGACCCCAGUUCCAAUAUACACAAAAAACCUUCCUAUCCCGCCUUGUCCUCACAUUCCUCAAAAGACCGCAAGCGGGAGGGCAGCAGUAGCGGAAGUAAAGGAAGCCACUCUUUUUCUCAUUCCCGCCCCAUGUCGUCAUCAUCAUCGUCGUCGUCUUCCAUUAAGAAGCACUCUUCAUCUUCCUCAAAGUCAUCCCUGUUUCACGGCGGAUCCAUCAAAGAGGAGCCUUUAACGUUACGAGAGGCCGAUGGGCUGAAAAUGAAACUAAUUAUGUCGCCGGAGAAGGAGGAGACGGAGAGUAUCCCAGUCGGGCACCACUCGUCCAAAGCGAGCGGAAAGAAAGAGAAGGAUCGAGACAGGAUGCAGCUGUCAAAACCACCCAAAAAAAAGCUGCAACACAGUCGAGAUCCUCUGCCAGUAGUGGGGAAGGAAGUGGAAGUGGAAGGUCAUUACGGAGGCGGCUUGGGAGAUGACAGCUCGUCGUCGGGAGGAGAGCUGGAGGCGGGCGAGCUCGUCAUUGACGACUCGUACACGCACCAGUCCAAAAAGAAGAAGAAGAGCAAGAAAAGCAAGAAGAAAAAGGACAAAGAGAAAGACAGAGUCAAGGAGAAGAGUGGGAAGGACAAAAAGCACAGCAAAGGGUUCGGAGGAGAUUCAUCAAGGAGCCACGGCAACUCUCACCCCACCGUCUCCCACGGCACCGUCGGCCCCAUGUAUGCCAUGGGCACACCCGUGGCGUCACACCACCCACAAGGUACUGAUGGGCCGGUGGAGAAGAAGAAGAAGAAAGAGGAGAAAGAUCGAGAGAAGCACGACAAGGAGAAAGACAAGCCCAAGAAGAAGAGUGCGUCUGCAUAUCAGGUGUUUUGCAAGGAGUAUCGAGUCAACAUAAAUGCUGAACAGCCAGGACUAGUUUUUGGUGAACUCAGCAAAAAGUUGGGAGAGGUAUGGAAGGCGAUGCCGGAAAAAGACAAACUGUUUUGGAGACAAAAAGCUCAGUAUCUGCAGCACAAACAGAACAAGGCUGAAGCUACGACAGUCAAACACAAAAGCUCCAAUGAAAGCAAAUGCAAAGCCAAAGCUGGUGUGGUGUCACCUACCCGAGCACCACCCGCCAUGUCCCUUUCCCCCGCACGAGUCCCCGAUGUAGAUCCUAUCGAUGCAGCCGCUCACCUGCAGCUGCUUGGGGAGUCCUUGUCUCUGAUUGGCCACCGGCUCCAGGAAACAGAGGGCAUGGUGGCCGUGUCUGGGAGCCUGUCGGUGCUACUAGAUUCCAUUUUGUGUGCCCUAGGACCGCUGACUUGUCUCACUGCUCAAAUUCCGCAAUUAAAUGGAUGUCCCCGAAACGUGCUGUCGAACACGUUGGACAACAUUGCCUACAUCAUGCCCGGGUUGUGAGUGAAGGACCUGAAGGACGCCAGAAGAAUUAUGCGGUGAAAAGUCAAGACCUUAAGCAGAUCCAUCUUUGGACUUUAUUAGUAGCCACUGAAACUUGGCAAACUGAAAAUAUUCCUAGUCCAAACAUGUUUUAAAAUUUUAUGCUGUGAUAAUUAUAGCUAGGAUUUCAUUCAUAGACUUUUAAAAGAAGCAUUUUAUUGUUUAUAGUCUUACCACUUUGUUUUAUUGUUACUGUACAGUGUGAAUUUGUAUGAAACAUUUUCUUUCUUAUGCUUUUCAAUGUCUGUUUUUAAAUGCUUUGUUAAGGAACAUCUGUGACCUUUUAGUCAUCUUUAAUAGAAGGUGAUAUAUUCCUCAUUUAACAUUUUCUCCUUUGUAUAAAAAAAAAAAAUCCAUUCCCAAGUGUUUUGUACAUUUGAUAAAACUGAUAGACACCCUUUAAAGGAACCUAAUUGUAAC